AGGGGGAAUAGUGGGCUCUUUCCCUGCCUCCGCUGACCGGAACAGAAAGACGUCUAUGUCCCCCGCCUCACUUGCAGAGGGGAAAGGGGAGUGGAGAGAGUGUAUUCUCAGCUGACUCAAUUCAUUCUCCUUUUAGUCUCUUUUAAAGUAGGAGGGGGAAAAAGAGAAGAGUCCACUUUAGGGAAGCAGCAAGCUGUAAUUUCAGAGAGCGUUCGAGAUCCGGGGGCUGCGGCUGGGCUUCUAUCAGAGUGGGUCUACAGCUGCUGCUCCAGCAGCGCCAUCUCUCUGUCCGUCCUCCGUCUAAGGCUGCUUCGACUCCAGAGAGCAAAGCGAGAGCAGAUCUGAAGCAACAGGUUCAACCUCACUCAACUCAGGGAGAAGAAAAAGACAAGGCUUUGCAGGAUCCUGGAAAAGAAGAGAAGGGAUCGGACCUCAGCUACCUGACUCUAUCCCGAUACGGAGUCUCCUGUGGCUUCCUUGCAGUCAGAUCCCUACAACUUCGGACUAAGUAGCUUCCCGAGCACCAGGUACAUGGGAGGACACACCUCAACCACCAGAAUCUUUCUUUUUUUUUCUUUUGCCGGCUCUUUUCACUCUAGUCCAUGGCUAGCUUUUAGACUGAUUAGACUCUAAGUAGAGAUAAAGUUCGUAUUUUAAGAAGUAUAGAGAUUGUCGCUGUUGUUGACAAGAGUUGAACGGUAGGAAAAUUUUUGUGCCACUGCCGAGUCAUUUAGUCAGUCAACAAGCAAUAAUUAAGCCCUACAUUUAUGUGGUUGGCACUGGGCUGAACUCUAGGGUUAUGCAAAGAAAAACAAAUACAGCUGAGGCGCUGCUCUCUGUUCUUUCCACACUGGAGGAACUCAACCUUCCCAGAAAGAAUUGAGGCUUGCUUAAGCCCCUCCACACUCUUCACCCUCUCUUUCACCUUGCAUCUUUUCACCCCGAUUUUGGCCGUGGUACCCUCUUCUGCUCUCCAUGGAGCUCGAUCUCGCUAUGGAAAAUCAGAGUGAAGGAGUUGAGGAGGGCUGGAAUGGUACUCAGCCGGAGAUGACAGAUCGGGAUCUCAAACCCCUCUUCGGUCUCGCCAUCGAGAAUUUUAUUACACUGGUGAUAUUCGGGAUGAUCUUUGCCAUGGGCGUGUUGGGCAACACUCUGGUGAUCACAGUUUUGGCGCGUAGUAAGCCAGGAAAACCUCGCAGCACCACAAACUUAUUCAUCCUUAACCUGAGCAUCGCUGACCUGGCGUAUCUGCUCUUCUGCAUCCCUUUCCAGGCCACAGUGUACGCGUUGCCCACUUGGGUGCUGGGCGCCUUCAUUUGCAAGUUUACGCACUACUUCUUCACCGUGUCCAUGCUGGUCAGCAUCUUCACCCUCUCUGCCAUGUCCGUGGACCGUUACGUUGCUAUUGUCCACUCGAGGCGCUCUUCCUCCCUACGGGUCUCCCGUAAUGCUUUGGUGGGCGUGGGGGUCAUCUGGGCGCUCUCUUUCGCCAUGGCCUCUCCGGUGGCUUACCACCAGCGCCUUUUCCACGACAGAAUCAACAACGACACUUACUGUUGGGGCCAGUGGCCCAACCAGCAGCACAAAAAGAUCUACGUGGUCUGCACCUUCGUCUUCGGGUACCUGCUCCCCUUGCUGCUGAUCUCCUUCUGCUACGCUAAGGUGCUUAACCAUUUACAUAAAAAGCUGAAAAAUAUGUCAAAGAAGUCAGAAGCAUCGAAGAAAAAGACAGCACAGACAGUCCUCGUGGUAGUAGUCGUAUUUGGUAUAUCCUGGUUGCCACAUCAUGUGAUUCACCUCUGGGUUGAAUUCGGAGUCUUUCCAUUGACUACAGCCUCCUUCUUAUUCAGAAUAACAGCACACUGCCUGGCUUACAGCAAUUCUUCGGUUAAUCCUAUAAUAUAUGCAUUUCUCUCUGAAAAUUUCAGGAAGGCUUACAAGCAAGUUUUUAAGUGUCGGAUUGGCAGUGAAUCACCUCAGAAAGAUGCUAAAGAAAACAAAAGUCGGAUAGACACCCCACCAUCAACCAACUGUACCCAUGUGUGAGUCAGAUAAAUGAUAUAUUGAGAUAGUGUUGAGUUUCAUGCAAAUGGACCAGAAGUACAUAAAACAAAGCACAAUCAUCUCCCAGAGAAGUCUGCAACUGAAUUUUCAUGUAAAAAUGGGCUUAGUUACUGAAAUUCUUUGUCUACUAAUUAUAUAUACCAAGUUAAAUAAUACUCCCAUGGAUUGUUUCAGUUUUUUGUGAACCAAUUGAACAAUUGCACUGUUAUAUCAAGAGCUGUUUGUGAUGUAUAUUUGAGAACAAACUAUGUCACAGAAAUAAUGUUUAGUUUCUUUGACAUCAAGAGAAGUACUUUUUACCUUUUAGAGAUUAUGCAAUCAAGACAUUUCAUAGAGGUGAAAAGAACACAGGAUUUGGAGAAAGAGGAUUUAAGAUCACAUUACAGCCAUUUACUAUCUUUAUGAUCCACACAAGCCAUUUCAUCUCUAAUGGCCUCAAGUCUCUUCAACUAUAAAAUAGAGGUGGUAGUAAACAAGAGUAUGUUUAAAUCCUACAUUCUAUGAAAAUUUUUGAUCUCAGAUAGGCGAUCAAGCUUUGAUUUGAAUUAAUAAUUGUCAUGACUUUUAAAAGCAAACUUGGCACUUUCACAAGAGAGACUAAGAAAUUUUAACUUGAUCUCCAGUGGUCAGAUUUAGACAAUAUACAAUUUAUUUUACAUGAGUGCCGAAGCAUCUGCACUAUUCACUAAGACUUCUUCCCCUUAUUUUCUGUAGUGAUACAGAAAAUUAAUAUGAUUUCAACAUGUCAAAUAAAAUGUUAAGUUUUAGUUUUUGAAUAUCUAAAGGACAUGGCAGCAGAAGGCACUUUAAAUUAAUCAGUGCCUCAUAAUUUGUGAUUUUGGUCAAGAAAAACAGUGAAGCAGAAUAGACCAAAUCUCAAUGUAAGAUCGCAAAUCAUGUUUUCUUUGCUGUUAAUAGAAAGUACAUGUGAAUCUGGACUGCUAAAUUGGAGAUUCAUGGGUUUGUAAAAAUAUUUUGCUUAUGAAUGUAAAUUUUUGACAGUUCUGUGACCCCUCUUAUGUCUGACGAGAUUUGUGUGAAGACAUAGCUAUGUGACCAACAACAGGGUAAAGUAUCGUCCUGUGUAAUAAUGUUUGUUCUUGGAGGAAUUAACUGCUUUUUAAGGCUCACUAAAAAUCUGGCUCAGGUUGCAUUAGUUAGGAGAUUGAUUAAUCUUUGGAGUGAAUGAAUCUUUGUCUUGUCCUGUUCAAAUCCAAACAGAAAUGUAUUAACAUUUCAUCAUGAUCAUUCCUCCAAAUGUUCUCUUUUUAAUAAGUUUCACUGGCAUAAAAGCAUAGAUAUUAGUGUUUGGAAUAUAAUUUCCAUGGCAAUUUAAAUUUUGAUAUUUAAAAUAGAAAUAGUGUGAAAAGAUCUAAAAUAAUUCCCAGACUGUGAGAUUCCAUAAUGAGUCUUUUGCACAAUAAUUUUGUGUAUUUUAUUAGACAUCCCAUACAAAAACAACAAAAAUUGUUAUUCUGAAAAUAAUACUUGAGAAUACUUUCCAGAGUUUAAAAAUCUUUCAAAAUGUCAAAGCAGUUUCAUUUUAUGCAUUUAUUUGUGAGUAAAUUUUGACAGCUAUAUAGAGUGGCUUCUGGGUAGAUAUACAAACUUUGCUAGUCAGGUGGGACCCUUAACCAUUCUCUUCUUUUGUCAAGCUGCAGUAGAGCACUCUUACCCUACUGCCAAAUGGAGAGAGAGAGAGAAUGAGUGCGUAUCAUUGUUAAUCUUGGAGAUGUUGAUUGCCAAGAAUAUAUUGAGCAUUAGUUUUAUUUCUCUCUUCCCUUUCUACUUUUGUAUUUCUGCUUAGCUACUUUUGCUGUGGGAAGAACUGUAGUGUAAGUGUAAUAUUUCAAUGCAAAAAAUCAUAAAUGACAAUUAUAAAGCUCUGAGCCUUUGAUUAUCUGCUUUAUAAUUAAUUCAAAUUCAAUUAAUCUCAUGUUAUAGAGAGAAUAUUCACGUAUCUACUAUGUUGUGAUAGUUUCUCUUGUGAAUGUUUUAUUGUAUCUCAUGUAUAUAAUAUAAUUAUUCCUCUUUAGAGAUAAUUGUAAUUUGUACUUUUAGAUAUAGAUAUUAAUGAAUAAUAGAAAGAUGAGGAUUGUAGAUUAAAGGAACAUCCUUUUCUUUAUACUAGGAAUGCUUCCUUAACCUUUCCCUAACAUAUUUUCUGAUUAAUUUCCAAACUAGAAUUAGUCUGAUAAAUGUUGAAGCUCUUGUUCUUCAGGCAUUAAAUCAACUCCAAAUCCCAAAUACAUUCUUUAUCUUUCAGCAGAUCUGAAAAAGAAAUGUAGUGUUUGCCUUUAAUGUCUGGUUGCCUGAGAAGCAUGUUCACAAUCUUACUUCAAAGACAGGGAUGCUUUCCUCUUCAAGUGGGCCUCCUCUGUGUUCCAAGACAGCUGCUUUUCAGUGUUUGUUUUUACUUUCACUGAGCAAUAUAGAAUCCGAAGCAUUUAAAAUGACCACAAGAUGCAGUUUCAUGUGUGAAAACAAACUUUUACAGCUGUCCACUAAGGAAUAUAAUGGUCUCAUAGGAAGGACUUCCCCAUGAUCAGAUAUGCAAGAGACAUCUUAGAAUUGUCAUUUUUUUUUCUCUUUCUGGCUAGGUUCUAGAAUCAAAGCAGAGUAGAGAACUUGAGGUUUUUUCCAGAUAAUUUAUUUAACAUAUAUACUGCUUUCCUGGAUUAGCUGCGUUCUACACAUUGCAAGUUGUGUUGUAGCUUCCUUACAUUUAUUCUCUUAUUUUGUUUUAGUGUUCAAAUUCAUUUCUUUUUGCACUAAU